AUGAGCAGCUCAGCGAAUCAGUACAUUCGAGAUGUACUGCACCAUACGGACCCACCUCCGCCGAUCGCUGCCCGCUUCUUCUACAGCUCUCCAGCACCCAUAGACGAUCCGCUUGCUCCUCUGCCGCCUUAUACCAGUGUCAGCAGUGCUACCUUGAGACAAGAACCCAAACCCUUCUCCACUUAUGACAACACUGCUCUGGAUAAGGCCUGGAAUGAGCUACGGCGGAAGAUCUUGAAGUAUCAUGAGAAUCAGGGCGAAAAGGACCCGCAGAGUAGUCGGGAUGGGAGUCGUACUCGACCGCGGGCCAGCUCGUCCGUGGUGAGAGAGAGGAGGCAAGGAUCAAGCUCGAGAGAAGCUACGCCGCGAACCAGGACAGGCAAAGCAGCCGCUUCAAGUCUGGGACAUGAUAAUGGCCUCCCUCAAGGUGAAGAGGCGUCAGAUGUAUUGGCAAGUGCAACUGAGCUCUCGGCAAGUCCAGAUACGACGGGCACGCCCUUUUUACGAGCUCCCACAAGGAAGAAGAUCGAUCCGUCUCCCUUGCAGCGUUUCGAGGAGCGUUCGGCACGGCCAGAGGUUAGAAAACAUGACACCUACGAGUGGGAUGAUCCAUCACAUUUAGCAGAUCGUAGCCCAGCUCCUGUGCCGCGGAAGGAAUCAAAGAAAAGUCCCGCUGCAAAGGUUCCCGUCGGAGUGUCGAGGCUGCAUCAAGUGGAAAUGCCUGAUCUGCAGAUGACACCAAUAUACUGGGCGCCAGUCAAUGAUACAGCACAGGUGAUACGUGGGACGUGGUUCUACCAAGAURCGAUGCUGCCGGUGGAGACACCGGUGGCCAACAUGCUGGAAGCUGGAUACGUCGAUCUACAGUGCUGGACUGAGACAUGGAAAGAUGAGUUGAACAGUGCUGUCGAAGUGGGUGCCAUCGGGGAGACGAAGAUCGUACAUAAGCUGUGGCCUGAGAAACUUCCCAUGAAAGUGACCGACAGCAGACCUCCCAGUCGGCAGGCGCCAGUCAAUGUUGGGGAGGAUAAUCUCGUGCGUGCUGCCGCUGCCAAUUUGUUCUCCGGUCAGCCCGAGACACCCGAGCAACAGCGUGAGAGAGCUGUUGAAGCCGCGAUGGACAUCAUCGACAUUUCGACCGGUCCAGGUGGUUCCGAUAACAAAGCUGUGGGUGUGUCAAACUGGGGUCGAGCGGGUGCUGUGCGAACGUACGCCCAAUGUGGAGUGAUCUAUGCAAAUGAGAGAGAAGCCAAGAUCCUAAAACCUACACUGAUGCCCUCGGCAUAUUAUGGGAGGAGACCCCUGGCCAACUACAUUCGCAAAGGCCACAAUAUUGGCAUCCCUGUGGUUCGCGGAUUCGACCAAGCCAUAUGGGAUAAGCUACAUCCUCCAAAGACCAACACGAGGAAGACACAAGGACAACAUGGUAUCUCGUCUUCCGGACCGAAUGCGAAAAAGCGAUCACAGAACGAUCCUGAGUUGGCCAACAGCGAGCGGCCGGUAGUCUCGGAACUGGUGCUGGUCAUUCACGGCAUCGGGCAGAAAUUGAGCGAGCGCAUGGAAAGUUUCAACUUCACGCACGCCAUCAAUGCUUUCCGAAGAGAGAUCAUGGUCGAAUGCGGGAACAAAGAAGUCAAGACCCACUUCCGCGACGACAUGGGUGGGAUCAUGGUCCUGCCCGUAAAUUGGCGACAUCAGCUGUCAUUCGAAGAGGGAGGGUAUCGCAAUGAGGACGAUCCUGCCAGCUCAAAGCCAGACGAUACAAAUAGCUUCACCCUUCAGGACAUCACACCGGACACUCUACCGUCCGUACGUGGGAUUGUCAGCGAUGUCAUGCUCGACAUCCCCUAUUACAUGUCGCAACAUCAGCCCAAGAUGAUUGCAGCAGUCAUCAGGGAAGCCAACAAGGUCUAUCAACUCUGGUGUCAGAAUAAUCCUGGUUUCGCCGAGCACGGAAAGGUGCACAUCAUCGCUCACUCUCUGGGUAGCGUCAUGGCUAUUGACAUAUUGUCGAAACAGCCCACGCAAAUACCUCAGCAUCUGUCGGAUCCGACAAAUCUCGACCUUGAUGUUGAAAAUCUCGACCAUCUCCUGUUCAACACACACAAUCUCUUCCUAGCAGGCUCGCCAGCUGGCUUCUUCCUACUUCUCCGUCGCGCACAGCUUCGCCCAAGAUUGCAUCACCCUUCGCCUCAAGCCCUCGCGGAUCCAUCUACCAACAAUCCCACUAUAUGCGGCGAAAAAGGACAAUACGGAUGCAUUGCAGUCGACAACAUCUACAACAUCAUGAACGGCUAUGAUCCCGUCGCCUACCAAAUGAAUGCAACCGUGGACGUGUCCCUCGCAUCCUCUCUCAAGAAAGCCGUCGUCCCGUCCAACACACCGGGCUAUUGGUUCGCAGCGGGUACAUCCAACACAACUCGAUGGUUCUCUGGCCGUCCGAACCUCACUGGCGCGCCUCCACCGCUUCCACGACUUCCGAGUACUGUGGAACUUGAGAUUCACGAUUUCACACGCGAGGAGAUCGCCGAGCAGAGAAUGUUGUUGUUGAACGAUAAUGGUCAGAUUGAUUUCUACGUAAGAUAUGGCGGUGGAUAUCUUGAGAUUCAGUAUUUGACUAUGCUGGGUGCGCAUUCGAGCUAUUGGGGUUUGAAARACUUCAUCAGGUUUGUGGUGGUGGAACUCGGUAGAAGGGGUGGGAAGGAUGGAGCGUUGCCUGGGUUGAGGGCUGUGAAGAAGAAGAGUCCUGUUGGCGGGAAGUCUUUGUAG